GUGACCAUGCGGGUGGCAGUGGUGGGCGCCGGGGCGAGCGGCCUGGCAGCCCUCAAGUGCUGCCUGGACGAGGGGCUGGCAGCCACCUGCUUCGAGCGCAGCCAGGACAUCGGCGGGCUCUGGCGCUACACGGAGAGCAUUGAGGAGGGCCGGCCCAGCCUCUACGCCUCGGUGGUGAGCAACACGUCCAAGGAGAUGUCGGCCUUCUCGGACUUCCCCUACCCYGAGGACUUCCCGGUGUUCCUGCCCCACGCGCGCCUCCUGGAGUACCUGCGGCGCUACGCGGAGCGCUUCGCCCUGCGGCAGCACAUCCAGCUCGGGACCACCGUGGUGAGCGUCAGGAAGCGGCCCGACUUUGCCACCAGUGGCCAGUGGGAUGUGGUCACGGAGGCGGGCGGCACGCGCACCUCGCACGUCUUCGACGCCGUCAUGGUCUGCAACGGCAACUUCUGGGAUCCAUCGCUCCCGCUGCACGCCUUCCCCGGCAUUGAGAAGUUUCAAGGCCAAUACUUUCACAGCCGGCAGUACAAGCAUCCAGAUGUGUUCCGGGGCAAAAGAGUCCUUGUAGUCGGCAUGGGCAACUCAGGAGUGGACAUUGCCGUGGAGGCCAGCCGCGUGGCUACCAAGGUGACACUUAGCACUAGCCGAGGUGCCUGGGUGAUCAGCCGCGUGUUUGACCAUGGCUACCCGUGGGACAUGGUUUUCAACACUCGCUUUAUGAGCCUGCUUAGAAACAGCCUCCCCGGGCCCCUUGCGCGGGGCUUGAUUAGCCACAGGGUGAACCGGUGGUUUAAGCAUGAAAACUAUGGCCUGCAGCCGGARAAAAGCUACCCAGUGCGAGAGCCUGUGUUGAAUGAUGACUUGCCAAGCUACAUCAUCACGGGGAGGAUCACCAUAAAGCCAGGCGUGAAGGAAUUCAAGAAGAACUCAGUUGUUUUCUACAACUAUCCUGAAGAGGAGCCUGUUGAUAUUGUCGUCUUCUGCACAGGCUACAAUGCCACUUUCCCCUUCCUUGAAGAGGCAGAUGUCAAAGUGGAAAACAAGCAUGCGUCCCUCUACAAAUAUGUGUUCCCAACUCAUCUGCAGAGGCCCACUCUGGCUGUCCUUGGGCUAAUAAAGACCCUUGGAGCCAUCAUGCCUGUGGCAGAAAUGCAAGCACGCUGGGUGACCCGGGUCUUCAAAGGCUUGUGYCAGCUGCCUCCUCGGUCUGCAAUGGAAGCUGAAGUAAUGAAGAGGAGCAAAAGCGAAGUCUGGUUCGGCCUGUUCUUUGAUGAAGUCCUCAAAAUUGACUGGAUAGUGUACUUGGACGAGAUCGCCUCCUUCAUCGGUGCGAAGCCCAGCGUGCUGGCGCUGCUCUUCAGCGAUCCCAAGCUGGCCUUCACCAUCUUCUUUGGCCCCUGCACCUCCUACCAGUUCCGUCUGCAAGGUCCUGGGCGCUGGGAUGGGGCACGACAAGCCAUCCGCACCCAGUGGGACCGGAUGCUGAAGCCAACGAGAACCAGAGCCACCAGUGUCUCUUCCAGCCCCUGGCCUUCUCUCCUUACUGUGUUUGGCUUUCUCCUGCUUAUGGCAGCAGUGGUCUUUGCUUUCCAGUAACUCUGAUGUGAUUAAAAAGCCUGACUGUCUUUGU